AUGAGUAGUUUACAAAGAGUAUCGACCAGUAGUUUGGCUAGAGGUGAAUAUACCCAAGAAGAAUUGGAUAGGAUUCAAAUCACGUUAAGUAAAGUGUUAGGACCAGAAUACAUAUCAUCAAGACCUGGAGGUGGAGGUCUGAGAGUUUCAUAUUUAGAAGGUUGGAAAGCUCUUAAUCUUGCCAACGAAGUGUUUGGUUUCAAUGGCUGGUCUUCAGAAAUCAUCUCCACUACAGUAGAUUAUUGUGAUACUAAUGAACAAGGUAGAGUAUCUAUUGGGAUCUCAAUAAUUGUAAGAGUUACUAUCAAAGAUGGUACUUUCCGUGAAGAUAUAGGUUACGGAUUCAUUGAUAAUGCUAAAGGUAAAGCUGCCGCUUUUGAAAAGUGUAAGAAAGAAGCUUUUACUGAUGGUAUUAAAAGAUGUUUGAGAUGUUUCGGGAAUGUUUUGGGUAAUUGUCUCUAUGAUAAGAACUUGUUAGCCAAAUUAAGACAUGCCAAUAAAGAGAAUAGUGCUUUAACUGAUGCCGAUAUUUAUAAGAAUGAUGAAUUACUGAAAAUUGCCAGACAAAGACAGGAGAAAGUUCAAGUAUCGUCAGUUUCUACUGAACAAUUUGAAGAGAAUUUGAAGAGUUAUCAGAAAUCGGCUCCACAAUCCCCACAACAAGAACACAAACAGCUUCAACCUUCAGGGGCUCAGAAAACAGAUCCACCUAAAACUACUACAGCACCUUUAAUAAGUACGCGUACCAAACCUAGUGAUGACGAUUUUGACGAUUCUUUUUUAUUCAGUGAUGAUAUUGAUGUUAACAAAAUGGAUGAUUAUGAGAUGGAAAUGAUAAUGAACAAAGGAACACCCGAAGCUGCACAAAGCAAUCAGACCAAUCAAACCAAUGCAAAUCAAUCAAAUCAAUCACAUAACACCAACCCACCUCAAACUAAUACUGCUCCUGUAAAUCAAACAAAUACUGCACCUCAACCUGAUGCCAACCCAACUGUAGGGUUCAUAAGUGCUCGAGGUGCUGAUUUAUUGAAAACUCCUGGCUCAGAUGUUCCUGAAUUCGAUCCAAAAUUCAUCUCCCCCAAUAUGAGACGUACUCUUGAUCCAACCAAAAGUGUACCUGUUAAAAGAACUGAUCUCACCAGUGUACCCUCGACUUCAAUUCCAAUCCCUGAACCCUCAGAUACUCCCAGUAAAGGUAAACGUAUAGGAGCUCCUUCUACUUAUAGGGCUCCAUUGAAAAGGAUUAAAGAGAAUUUACCCUGA